UUGAUUUUAGUGCCCAUCGAGCGUUUGGUCGUCACAUUUCUAAAGAGUCGAAUGCAAAAUCACAAUAUUUACACAAACUGAAAACAAAUCUUAUUUGCAGAUAUAUACUAUAUAAUAUAUACGCCUCAACUGCAGAAGUUCAAAACACUUAUAAAGAAAAAAUGGCAGAAGAUGGUUUAAAUAUCCCAGAAUGGUUGAAUGUGCAGUUUAUAACCAAUGUUCUGAGUAAUCACCAAAAGAACCCGGAGCUUCAGGUCACCAAUUUGGAUCUUUCCGCGGGAAGCUCUGUAGGUGAUAGCUACGCCAGCGUUAUGUUCCGCGCCAAGGUGGAGUAUAGAACCCAAAAGGGAACCUUUUCCAAGUCACUGAUUAUCAAAACGGCUACGGAUAUGUUUGCCACCUCUUCUUUGUUUAAAACUGAGAUAGGCAUGUAUAAGAAAGUGCUGCCUGAAUUCGGAAAAAUAUUACGUGAAAGCAAGGAGACGUCCAAGCUGUAUGCCGAAUGUUUAUAUUCCAGUUUGGAGCCCCUGCAGAUUGUAAUUUUUGAAGAUCUUGUGGAGCUGGGGUAUGCAAUGGUGAGAAAUCGUCAACUGUCGCACGAGGAGAUUUGUAGUGCCUAUUCGAAGCUGGCCAAAAUGCAUGCACUAAGCAUGAAGUUCAUUAAUGAGCAACCUGAGUUCCUGAAGGAGUUCAAGGAAGGAAUUUGUCUCGUUGACAUUCCCUAUAUGAGCUUCGGAAUUGGCCCUUUCACCGAGUUUUUAGGACGCAUUCCUGAGCUGAAACAAUACCAGCCGUAUUUUGAGAAGAUUGGACUUAGCUUUAUAGAAAGAUUGCGGGAGGUCAUGAAGGAGUAUCAGACGAAUCCCCAGCCGGGAUACUACGUUCUCUGCCAUGGAGAUUUCCACAGCCGAAAUGUAAUGUUUAAACACAAUAAGGAAACAGGUUGCCUUGAGGACUCUAUACUGGUGGAUUACCAGGGAUGCUACGUGGCUCCCAUGGCCGUGGACUUGAUGUAUUCCAUUUACAUGUUAAUGGAUCGAGAUCAGCGCACAGGGAAAUUUGAGACAUUACUCAACUACUACUUCUCCGUCCUCCUAGAGACCCUCAGAAAGAUUGGCUACCAGGGCACAAUGCCCACUCCUCUCGCGUUCUGGGCCGAACUCAAGCGCCUUAAAGAAUAUGAAUUUCUAUUUCUAAGCACCUACUUGCCAAUGACGACUGGUCUCAGCCUUGAUAACGCGUCCAACGAAGGAUCUGAUACAAAAUUGGAGGAAUUUAUUGAAGAAUGUAAAAUAAUGUUGGCCCGAUUCAAAAGGUCAGGAUAUUUUGAGGAUCUGUAGGGAAUUCGUUCUAAAAAAAAUACUAAAAAACAAUAUUUUUCAAAUAUUUAUCCAAGAUCAGACAAUAUUGAUGUUGUUUACUAAAUGUUAUAUUUUCAAAUGUGUGUACCCAAAGAAACGAGUAAACAAUAUACCCAAACUACUAUUAAA